AUGAUUCUGAUCUAUAAGAAAAUCAAGAAACGCAAUGAGCGGAAACGCCUAGACUCUGCAGUCUCAAAUACACCAGAUAAUGCAAUUGAACUAGACACAGUCGAUAUUCCCCAGCCCGAUAGGAAACAAAAGACCCGUUCCCCCGAAGAAGUUGCCGAGAAGCGACGGAAUGUCUACCGAUGGAAGAUCAUCCUGGGACUAUUCAGUCCAUACUGUCUACAAGCCCUGGAUACAACAAUCAUAGCCUCAGCUCUACCAUUCAUCGCAGAGGAUUUCAAUCAAAUCAAACAACUAAAUUGGAUCAUCUCCGUCUUCAACCUCACAUCCGCUGCCUUUCUCUUCUUCUGGGCCCAACUAACCGACCUCUUCGGCCGACACAUCGUCCUCCAAUCCGCAAUCUUCGUAAUGUUGAUCGGCUCUGCAAUCUGCACAGGAGCCCCGACGUCAGCAUUCAGCGUCCUCCUCGUCGGCCGUGCACUCCAAGGCGUCGGUGCAGCGGGUGUGAACAUCUCUAUCCGCACUAUCCUCGCCGACCGCGUCUCUCUCACCGAGUACGCAGUCAACUGGACGAUAUUCGCCCUCGUCUCUGGCAUUGGAUUCAGCAUCGGCCCCGUGAUCGGUGGGUAUCUGACGCAGGCAUCGUGGCGCUGGUGUUUCGCAAUCAAUCUGCCCAUCGCGGUUGUAGCUAUGAUUAUCGUGGUUCUUGUCCUAAGAACUGAGUUACAGGGCCCGCAGCCUAUUCCCGAACUCGAAGAAAGAAUUGGAUUGACUCCGUCCGGACGUUUCUUCACGAGAAUCUCAACUAUCGACUAUGGCGGCCAGAUGCUCUUCCUAUGGGGAUUUGGUCUGCUCAUCCUUGCUUUGACUUGGGCAGGUGGAACAUACUCCUGGAAAUCCGCUGCUGUUCUAGCGCCGAUGGUCAUUGGCGGGAUCCUGGUUAUUGCUUGGGUGAUUUAUGAGCGUUGUAUGUUGCCCGGCUCCUUGAUGGCGCGGAUAUUACCGCGUCAAAAGGCAAUGAUGCCGUGGGAGUUACUGAGACAGCGCGAUAUUGGCUUACUGUUCUUAAUCAAUGUCUCGAUUGGGAUAGCCAUGUUUGCUGUUAUGUACUUCAUGGACAUAUACUUUACACUGGUGGAAGGGAGGAGCUCGAGCGAUGCUGGUGUCGCACUAUUAUAUUUCCUUCCUGGCUUAGCUGCUGGGCUUUACAUGGCAAUGUUCUCCUCGAACGUCUGGCCCCGCCAAACCUUCCCAGCUCUUUUCAUGGGUAGCAUAACGUCGGCAGUGGGGAUGACCGUGCUAGCUUGGGGUGUGAAUGCAGGUAAAACAAGCGUUAUCUACGGCAUGAUGGCGCUUGUUGGACACGGCGUCGGGAUGCGAAUGAACCCGGCAUCUAUGCACGGGUUAGCGUAUUUCCCUGCCAUGACGGCGCAGAUCUUGUGUCUUGCUUCGUUUGCCGUUCCGUUUGGGGGGUUGCUUGGGUUGACUAUCAUGUCGACGGUGUUUACGAAUAAGAGCGGAGCUGGAGAGAAAGAUGCCAAGGGUGGUAUUAUGUGGGCUUUCAUUGCCAUGUUACCGUUUAUGUGGCUGUCUGUUUUGUUUACUACUUUCCUUGGGAAUGUGUGGAUUUUGAAGAAGGGUGGCCACGAAGUUAUUAAUAAGUCUUAUUUUUGGGGGUUGAUAUUUAGAAGGGAGAUUGUGAGGGAGAGGAGGGAUCGUGGGGAAGAGCUGGAGGGUGCUGAGACCAGGAGUGCUGAGAUAACUGUUUAG